AUGAAAUUAAAACAAAUUGCAACUAGUAAUAUUUUCCAGGUUUGUGGUUUUGUUCAAGUUGUGGGUGGUUUCUAUCUCCUUUGCGAUACACGAAGGAUUCUUUUGUCGCGUUUGUUGGCGACGCCUGAAGAGGGGCUAGAGGAGCCGCCGUUUUAUUAUGUUGCUCUGGCGUUACUCGUAUCCGGUUUGGCAAUUUGCGCUCUUGCGUCCCUCGGUGUGUGGGCGACUUGCAUGCCGGGAUACAUCGUACUGACAUUAUACUUCCUAGUAGUAUUAGCCUUGCUGCUCUGUGAAUGCGCCGCGGGAGUGAUAGCAGCGAUAUGGCCCAGAUGCUUGGGCAUACAGAACACACGCGGUGGAGCUGUUGGAGCCUUGCAAGGGUACUAUGGAGUUCCUGACUAUGAAGAAUUUACCUCUGCCGUCGAUCUUGCUCAGACUGAGUUAAAAUGUUGUGGAAUGACAAGUGCCCGUAACUACGACAUGUCGGUGUGGCAGCUACAACGGCUAGGCCCGCGCGGCAUGGCGGUGCCACUGAGCUGUUGCGUCCAGAAUGAUCUAGAAAUUUCGUAUCUAAACCCAGCUCCUGUUAACCAGUCCCGGUGCCAAGAAGUCAAGUCUAAUGCGCAGUUUCGUCAUGUACCGGGAUGUUUAAUGAAGUUAGAAGAUUGGUAUCAACAGCAAUAUUUCGUGUUCAUGCUGGCCUUAUUCGUCAUCGCCGUUUUCAAGUUGGGCAUUCUUCUCACUACAGUUUUUUCUUGUAUACGAUUGAGGAAACGACGCCAGGAAAUUCACAUGUAUAUAAACAGCGGUAAAAGAAACGAAAACAUUUACGAACGCAAUAUGGGUGAAAGAGACGAACCGAUAACCACUAAAUACGUACAACCAAACAACUUCUACAGUCCUCGCGUGCGCAACCCCAGGCUUUUUCACACCAAACCGAAUGAGAUGGUAUGAGAAUUAGCCACGGAGAUAAAUUCUUUAGAGAAAAAACUCGAUAAGUUCUCCGAUUUUCUGUACAAGCACCAAGCGGAUUCGCUUAUGUGGUGAUUAAUUUAGAUAUUGGAAUUUUCACGUACAUACUUCAGUGCCAUAAUAUUCGUGUUCAUAUCAAACUCAUCCUUAUUUACCUGCCUCUCUAAAGGAUUUAGCUCCAGGGCUCAUAAUUGUUUAUCGGAAUCACUUUUGUUAUCAUUUUUUAGGAUAGAAAUAAAAUG